AUGUUAAACGUUUGUUUGUAUUUGAUUGGAGAGCUCGGUGCUGCGCUAACGUAAAUGGAGAUUAGUUAAUGCGAGUCUAGAAUCCUUUACAGUCUGAUUCUCACAUCGAUAAAUAGUUUCUUAUCUGUAGUAUGUGUUGAUUUUCCAGUCGUAAACAGCAGUCAUGGUAGAGCCAACGGCACACUCAUUUCCGUCCCUGAAAGAGGAGCUGGAAUACUGGAAAGAACAAGCACACAAACACCAGCAAAGGGCGGAUGAGGCUCAGGAAGAGCUGCAGGAAUUCCAGCAGAUGAGUCGAGACUAUGAGGCAGAGCUGGAAACGGAGUUAAAGCAGUGUGAAGGUCGGAACAAAGAACUGCUGCUGGAUAAUAACAGGCUCCGUAUGGAACUAGAAAGCAUAAAGGAGAAAUUCGACGCCCAGCAUUCAGAGGCCUUCAGGCACAUCUCAACACUGGAGGACGAUCUGGCCGAGACCAAGGCGGUCAGAGACCAUCUGCAGAAGUAUAUCAGGGAGCUAGAACAGUCCAAUGAUGACCUAGAGAGGACUAAAAGGGCUACCAUCAUGUCUCUGGAGGACUUCGAGCAGCGCAUGAACCAUGUCAUCGAGAGGAACGCUUUUCUGGAAAGCGAGCUGGACGAGAAGGAGAACCUGCUGGAGUCUGUUCAGAGACUUAAGGAUGAAGCCAGAGACCUCCGCCAGGAGCUGGCUGUCCGUCAGAAGGAGAGACGGCCGUCCAGCAGUCUGGGCAAAGACUCAGACCGCUCAGAAAUGCGGUGCUCCUCUCCACCCAAUCUGUCCAUCCCCAUCACGCCCUCCAAACCUGUGGGCUCGUACAUGACGCCCCCUGCCUCCAGCAUCCGCAGGGGAGACAGUCUAACAGGAACCCCUCUGACUACAUCUGCUAGAAUAUCUGCACUGAACAUUGUCGGGGAGCUGCUGAGAAAAGUUGGGAAUUUGGAGUCGAAGCUUGCAUCCUGUCGAGACUUUGUCUACGAGACGUCCUCCAACAGACCGGCGCUCCCCGUCGGCCCCUGCAGUCCUUCAGGUUUAGACGCAGGUCCUGAGGUCCAGGCCAGCAGCUUCAGCCCUCCUCCUCAGUACGACAGUCUGGUGAAGCGGUUAGAGUUCGGACCGGCUCCUCCCAGAGUGGUAUCCCACAGUCCCCAGUCUCCACAGGGAGGGGUCAAGAUCCUGCUGUAACAUGGUUCUACAGAACCCUGUACUCUGAGCUCGGCUUGUCUGCCCUAGUUGAACAGAGAGAGCUCCGUUCUCAGAUUAGGAGAAAGCAGAGCGACUCCGCCCAUCAACUGAUGGACUCCAGCUGCCUUAGGCUCAACAUAUAACCACAGAAAGCUGCUCCACGUUCUUAACGAGCCCACCGCUCAUCUCUUCCACUCUACUGUAUCUACGCUGCAGUCUGCGUCGACGCUUUCUGUGAUGGAUCAAAGCACACCUGACUCUGACUUAGUGAAGCCGCUGCGCCUGCCUGUAUCGAUAUAUCGAUCGCGACCUAUGCGGGGGGAAAAAGCGACGGCAAUUACAGCCGUCUGGGAGAUGAGCCUGGAACAGGGACCAAGAACCUGACCUUGGAUUUUAGCUAAUGUGUUUCUGACCAAACUGAAGCUGUGAUUAAACAUAAAUGGAUAUAAAUCCAUUGGGUUGGGUUUUUAUUUUUUAAAAUAAGUUAAAAUAUCUAUCCUUCAUAUUUAAUCUGGUUUAUCCCAACCUGCUUCCAUUUCAUACCCAUAAAACCAUUAGUGUAUCACUUUUUUUAUUGAAUUAAACACAAGUAGUCACUUAAACGCUCAAAUGACAUGUUUUUUUUUUUGAAGACCUUAGAUUGCACCCUCUAUUGAUUUGUGAUCACAAAUCAAUGGAAUCAAAAAGCCCCAGAGUAACCUUCUUCCAGUAGAUUAUAAUUACUAGUCACACAGCCUUUCAGGAGAUGAUAGCAUCUACCAUUAAUAUUGUGACGUUAAUGACCAAAAAAUAUGAAAAGGUCAUUGAAAGCAGAAAUUGUAUUAUAAAAUAAUUUUAUUUUGAUGCAUUUCUUUUAAAUUUUGUCUGCCACUGUUUUCAGUAAAAUGUAAGGCAAUAAUUGAGAGGAUGUCUGACGCUCUCACAGGCAACAACAAUUCAUGAUAUUGACUCAAGACUUCAAGGUAUGAUAUAAAUAUAUUUACUACAGUUCUGUUGGCUGGAAAUUUUCCUAAGAGAAUUUUUUUUUUUUAAACUAGGGAGAAGUGUAUGCAGCUCUUUUCAGCCAGCUGGUUGGCAGUACUUCUAACACUUAGCCCCCCCCCCCACAAACUUUUAACCCUUUACUGCCCAGAUUUAUUUGCAAAUAUAUAAAGGCACAAAUUGUUUUGCAGUCAAGCAGAUGUUUAUCAGGUGUGAUGAAUUCAAGAGAUAUAAAUGUAGGCAUCUAGUCUGAAAACUAGCAGAAUUUGGUAGAAUUUGUUAAAGUGGCUUCAAUGAGCGUUGAAUGAGCAUCGACAGGCAGCAGUGGAAUAUUAUUUCCAACAUUGCUAGAUGCAGUUUGAAGCAGCUGCAAUAGUCUAUAAGGUGGUGGCGCUUAGUAUGGAUCAGUUUCUAUUAAGGUCUGUAAAGGUUUUAAAAACGUGUUAUAAGAAUGCAUAAAUCUUUUUUCAUUGUUCCUGUGGUUUAAAAUCCCUUUAAUCGCACGUCUGAGAAAGUGAGGUUUUUUUUAGCUCUUUAUUUUGUGCAAGUGGUUCAACAAUUAAAGAAUACAACAAAGUGUCAUGUAAACAAUAGCUGAUUAUAUCGAAUGAGACUUAAUUAGUUUAAAUGUGACUGGAGGAGAAUUGUAGAGCAUGUACAUGUAAAUUUGAACAAAUAGAAAAAAAAAAAAUGUGCCCAGUGCCAUAUAAACAUGUGGUUCAUGAUUGAUUUAAUAGGAGAUAAACCUCGUCUGUUCUCUAGUGAGCAGAAUCAUGAGCACAACAGAGCACAGAAAAGGUGCAAAUAAUGUCAAAAAGUGGCUUUAAAAACUCUGGGUUAAAUAUUUGAUGGGAUAUAAAAGUCAGCACUGACUGGACGCAGAAAGACUAAACUCUGCCCAUCCAAUCUGAACCCAUUUCAGUGCUGCUGGAACAGUAACAGCAGUCACAGGCAACAGGACGACAGGAGUUACACGCCUGCUUUAGAUUUUAAAGUGGGUGUCGAUAAAAAGGCAUUUCUGUGUACAAAACAUUACGAGUAGGAAUCAGACAUUCAGUGCAGUACAAAAAAACUCCCCCCCCAAAAA